UGUCUUUAUAGUAUAUAUACAGUGUAUGCUCUAAGCUCAAAUCGCAUUUGGCGAUAUUCUGUACUUCGGUGGUUCGCAUCACUGAAUUUAUACUAUGAUUUAGUUGGCGCGUCUUAACAGGUAUUGUUUCGAGAACAUCAACAAACCAAGGAACGAAGAAAGCGGCUAAGUUCGAUAGCAGGUUCUGGACGAAAGAGUAACGAACAGACGAAUAUGGCUCUAAUAGUGAGCCUCCGCAAUGCACUUCCAGGGUUAGAAAAAGCAUGCAUACAAAGACAAAUCCACGUGACACCAGUUGCUGCAAAAGUAGUGGCAGGCAGAUAUCGAGUAACAACGAAGCGGGACAGGCCACUCACCUAUGAGAUGGCCAAUCCUCCUCACUACAUCGCUCACAGGAAGGGGUGGAAUUCGUGGAACACUUCAAACAUGACUGAUGGUAACAGACCGGCAGAAACUUUACUUGAAGACGUCUUCAUCCGUCGUUUUGUAACAGGAACAUGGCAUUCAUUAUUUGUCAGCGAAGUUAUUAUCAAACGCCAGCAUAACAUAAUUAGAAUUGCUGGAAUCAUUCGAAGAGGCAUUGCUACCAGGAAGAUGUAUUUUCUGAUUGGUUACACAGAGGAACUCCUCAGUUAUUGGCUCCAAUGCCCAAUUAAAUUAGAGCUUCAAACUGUAGAUGACAGGAAAGAUGUGAUUUUCAAAUAUAUUUAAAUAGUAUUGUGUAUACGGAUGAAAAUUAAUAGAAUAAACAUGUGUAUAUAAAUGAUGAAAAAUGGUAAACAGUUUUGACGUUGAAUUGAAUCGAAAUAUGCCCGAACACACGUACCUUUUUCACAUUGCAUAGGUUUUAUAAGAUUCUCUCUGCAAGAUAGGAAAAGCACUUUUAUUUGCGUUGUUGAGAAAAAUUUCCUAUAUAAGGUUAAAUCUGUAUAAUUAGACAAAUUUGGACAAAUCGAAUAUCAAUUGCGUAUGUUUAAUUUACCGUUUAUUUGUUCGAUAAAUUGUUACAUUCGAUCAUAACGUAAAUGCAGUUCAUAUGCGGUAAUUGCAUUUAUAGAAAAUAAAGUACAAGUCACCCCAAAGUGGAUUAUGUCGACUCUAAAAACAAGUAGAGCUACUCUAUUACACAUGAAUCCACGGAUCGAUCAGACAAGAUCUAAUCUCAAUUUGUUCUUUUAUGUUUUAUCUAUAUUCUCUCUUUUACAUGCCUUUACAACUCACAUUGCUCAACGUUUGAUCAGGUCUCGCGAAUUCAGUCGGUUGUAUUUUUUGUAAACGGAAUUUCUUCAUUUCAAGAGUACAUAUAUGUAUAUGCCAUCCAAUAGCCAAAGUUUAACCAAAAUUUUCUUUAAGUUCAAACGCAGUUUUUUUUCCUUCUAAUUAUGGCAUAAAUUUACAUUCAUUAUUAUGAUUGGGUAAAUAAAAUUGUGUUUAUUCACUCAAAUUACAAGUUAGAACAAAUAUCCGAAAAUGUUGGUAAAAUACACG